AUCAUCUACUCACGACUCGUGACUCAUGCCUCUCUACAAGAGGCUCUCACAUUCACGAUUCGUGAUAAUUUCGCCAUCGACAUGCGGAACUGACUUGAGCACACAUAUACCGCAUUCGCUAUCCAAGAGCUUCCCUGCCGCAUUUUCUCACCCAUCUCCCUCCACUCGCUCCGCGCGCCUCUAUCCUGCUCUUCUGUGACGCGCGCUGACACACAAACUCACACGGCACGUAGCAAUCCCAUCCGUCAGUGCCUUGCGCCUCUUCUAGGAAGCCAUCAUGCCCACCGCCCUCGCUCCGUCAGCCCAUGCCCACGCCCACGCCAAUGCCAAUGCGUCAGUCUCGGCUGCAGGUAGCAACAACGAUCGGCAAAAUAUUCUUCUGCUAGGUCUGCGCCGAUCAGGCAAAUCCUCUCUCGUCUCAUACCUCUACAAACAGCUCCCAGCAAACGACACGCUCUUCAUCGAUUCCACCGCUCGGCCCUCCUACUUGGAUCUGGACAUCUGGACAAAGGUCAAGGUUUGGGACACUCCUGGACUGGCUGUUGGGGCCGAAGGUAGCGGUAGCAGCGCACAAGUGCUUCAUGCUCAGCAACAAGGCACUUCGAAUGCCGGUGGUGAUGCUAGUAAAGGCAACGCUGGUUGGCAAGGCUUUGCUGCUGGGACUGCGGGUCAGCUCCGUUGGACUCAGACGGGAGCGGUGGUAUGGGUCAUCGAUGCUCAGGACGAUUUGAUCGACUCUGUCAGUCGCUUGCACGGAAUUCUGAUCGAAGCGUACGCCCAUAAUCCAGAGAUCCAAUUCCACAUCUUUGUUCACAAGGUGGACGGCUUGAGCGACGAUUACAGGGAUGAUACGGAACACGACGUGAAGCAGCGCGUGUACGACAAUCUGGCAGACGCUUCGGCAUCCUUCACCUUUGCGCCUAGCGGUAUCGACAUCUUGCAAUCGCCCACGGUGGAUCUGGCUGCCAUGGAAGGAUCUGCCGAGCCGGGCGAGGGCACGGAUGUGCUAAGCGCGGAAGCCACCGCGAAGAAUGUGGCUGGGGUCACUUCUAUGACCAAUUCAAUAGACGCCUUGGGAUCCGCGGGCGGAGAUGCAUCAGGCUUUGGCUCGACCAAGGAGAUGACGGGAAGCGGUUCUGGCAAGCAUGCGACCGGAACGGCCACACCUUCCGGCUUUUCGUCUCCGCAUCCGGGUCAGAGCGCCUUUAGAGCAGCGGGAGGAUCAGAGCAUGUUGCAUCGGCCAUCGAUGCACGAGGAGCAUUGGACGAGUCCAGGAAGGCUCAGGCGAUCCCUCCUGCGUUGAUGGGUGCUAUUUCUUUGGAUACGGACGUGAAACUGAGCUUCCACAUUACUUCUAUCUUCGACACGAGCGCCAACAUCGCCUUUUCGAAGGUGCAAAUGGGCCUCGUUCAACCCAGCGUGGUCGAAACGCUAGAGGAUCUCUGCGACCAUCUUUGCAGUUCUUGCAAACUCGAGAAAGCAUCCAUCUUCGAUGUUCCUAGUCGGACGUUCGUGUGCACAGACACUGGCCCUUCGGAUGGGAACACUUUUGACGUGACGAGCGACUACUUGGAUUUCCUUUUGCGCUUCACCAAACUCUACUCAAAUUUGAGGCCUGCAGAGAACGCUGAAAUGGGCUCCUCGCAGCUUCCAAGAGCGUCUGUCGGCGCGAAGCAAUCUUCGAGCUCCGUUCGGCUUUCCAACGACACGACCAUCAUCUUUUCGCAGCUUAAUGGACAUCUCGGAUUGCUUGCAGUCUUGAGAACAGAUGUGCACUCUAAGCAUGCUGGCAUGAUCGGCUUCAACAUCGAUCAUUUCCGCAAAGCCAUUGUCGAGCUCUACGAGCUCAGCCAAGGUAGAGUUCCGCCAGAAUGAGCCUGCGCCCGUUUAAGCCGCGGAUGAAGUCAUCUAUUCUCGAAAUGUCACCUUGUUGUCACGGGCUCGCUAUGCGGCCGCCCCUUCUUCACGAGAA